AUGAUGGGUGAUGCUGGCCAAAACGGAAGUUAUGUUGUUAGCCAACCAUCACUGCCGUCUGCAGCUCCAUCACCGCUGCCAUCCAUUGCUCCUUCAGAAGCAGUUCCAGCAAUAACCUCCAGAAGAUUUGUGAUCUGUGUGGAUGGUGCGAGUUAUAAGCCCGACGCCAAUAGCAUCCCCACGAACAUCUACCGAAUAUACACCAGCAUCAAAAACGGCAAAUGCGUGGACCGAGAUACCGGCAUUACUUACCAUCAAGAGCCCCUUUACUAUGCCGGAAUCGGUGGCGCUGACGAUGUGCUUUCGAAGGAUCGAUUACAAGCUGGCGUCCUGGGCAACCCAUACCAAGACCAGAUACGGAACAUCUAUGAAAAGUGCUGUGAGCUGUCAGGGCCACACGACGAGGCUGUAUUCUUUGGAUUCUCGCGCGGAGCAUACGUCGUCCGGGCUGUCGCAGGACUAUUGCAUCGCUUUGGUGCUUUGAUCUCAGCAGGCUCGCCAGAAUUCGGCAGGAACUACAAGAAAUUAUUGAAGGACUUGGGUCAUCCCUCACUGAGCUCUACAAGCAACCUUUCGCUGGCACAUGUGCGCGCUGAUUCUGUAUCCUCAAUCUCGACGAUCACGACACAAGAGCUCCGCCCAUCUCCAAACAUACGAUUUCUUGGAGUUUUCGACACCAUCAAAGCGGUGGAUGACAGUCAUUUCGAUAUAUCCUUCAACAGCUCAAUCAAGCACUUUCGACAUGCCUUGGCUUUGCACGAGGAUCGGAGAGCACUUCAACCCGAAGAAGUGCACCCACCUGAAUUCUAUGGCACAGAGCUUCGGCAUUUCGGCCGCAGCUUCGUGCAGGCUUUGUUCAUCGGCAGUCAUGGUGAUAUGGGCGGCGUUUCAGAGAAGGCAGGCCUUGGGCUCUAUCCUCUACAGUGGAUGAUUCUGGAAGCUAAUGCGUGCGGGACAUGGAUCGACUUCGAGGGAAAGACGCCGACGAAGAUCGGUGGCCUGAUCGAAGGCCCUCUGGAAGUGGUAUUUCCCAGGUCAAGAAGCGGCGAAGACACCAUCAAGUCUUCGUUCACAGCGGCAAAUGGCCUCGUGACCACUCUUCAAGACCUUCGCAUCGUGCAUGAUCAAGCGAAAUCUCGACAUAUGUAUGGAAUUAAGCUUCACAUGAGGCCUGGCACAAUCAGGAUGAAAAAGCAGCGGGCGCCUUUUGACUCGAAUGGCUAUCUACGCGGAUACUGUGACUUUGCGCCUCAAGGUACGAUUGUGCACCCAUCUGUGUAUCUUUUACUGGACGAGCACAUAAAUGUGGCUCUGGACACCAAAGAGGCCAAGCUGCAGAAGCAUCUCGAGGAAUGGCGCGAGAAGAUGCUCGGGAUCAAGAACGGCCAUGUCAAUUUCGGAUUCUGGGGAGAAGAAGAAUCCGAUGCGUCGGGAGAAUUGGGUGCAAUCAGAGUGUUGGUCUGUGGGAAUACCGGAGUGGGCAAGUCGACGUUGAUCAACAAGACCUUUGGAGUCGAAGUCACCACAAGCUCUGAUCGGACGCGAGGCAUCCAUGAUGUCAAGCAGGAAAUCAAGUUUGACGGUAGACCUGAUCUAAUCGUGCAUGAUUCCGGCGGCUUUGAGGCCGGAGCAGACGCCGAGUUCAUAGCCAUCGAGGAGUUUCUCAAGGAGAAGUCAGCCACAGAAGGCAUCCAGGACCGCUUGCAUGUCAUCUGGUUCUGCAUUGAGAUCAACAGCGCCAGGACCUUGCAGACGGCGACAGAGAAGCUAUUCCAGGCCGUCAGCAAGUAUGCGAACGACGUUCCCAUCGUGAUUGUAGCCACCAAGAAAGACGAUUUCUUGGAUAUCGAGUUUUCGGCGAAGCGUAAGGAGUUGAAGAAGAACAAGCAGCCCUUUGAUGAAGACUUAUGCGAUCAGUAUGCGGCAGACAAGCUGCAAGAAAGGCUAGAAUCUGUGCGAAAAGAAAUGCAAUCCGUUCCGGGUGGUAGACUGGACGCUAUCGUGGGAGUGAGCCAAGAUGACGAAGAAUCGAUCGCAUUCCUGAGCAAGACAACGUCACAUUGCUUUGACGUCGACAAAGUACGCCUGCUCUACAUCCGAGCCCAAGUCACGCGCAUCGAUCUCAAAAUUGACAUGGCAAUGUGUGAAGUUAUGCGCCGCUAUAAAGCGGUCGUCCGAACGGCCAGCGGAGUCUCCUUCUCGCUCGCGGGUUCGACGAUACAUCGGAAGAAUGCUGCGACCAAAGUUUGCAAAGCGAUCAUAAACUGUUUCGGCUUACCUGGAGUUUCCGCCGACAACGCCAUCACCGCCUUGAAGAAGAACGUCUGGACGUACACCGGCAUCGAUCCAUUAGUAUCCAUCGCAGAAGCCAUAAACCUGUUCGAAUACAUAGGCAGUGGCUUCGCCGGCGGCAUUCCAGCCUGGCUCGUGACGGGCGCCAUCUCACUCCCUCUCGUCGUACCAGCGACAUGUCGACUCUUCCUCACAAUGGCCGCCGACCUCAUCCUCGUCCUGAUCCGCGCAUUCAAAGAAGCCACAUUCCGAAACAGCGGCCAGCCACAAGAACGAGACGUCCAAGCCGCCGCUCGAAUCUAUCGUGUCCGCGGCUAUUCCUCGCACAUCCACAAAGACAUAAAAAAACUCAUCCCUCGACACAACCUCGCUGCGAGUUACAAAUUCGACACAGUCGCAGAGACACUCGAAGGCAUCAUUGCCCGGUACAAAGACAAAUUAAUCGACGACAUGGAUAGUUCUAUCAUCCCAGACAUGCCAGCCGUGGCCAUGAAACUCCGAGGCGGAGCAGACGACGACAACGAUGACGAAGAGGAAGACGAUGAUCAAGAUCCACACUCCUACCAAGAGCUCACCACAGCGAUGUGUAAAAAAGCCGCGGAAUUGGAAGGUAGUCCAGCAGCCGCCGAACUCCCUGCGAAUAACCCUCCAGUAGUAGUCGCAGAACUCCCGACUGCGGACUCACAGAAACCUGCUGAAUUGCUAGGCGAUACUACGAGAGCGGAAUUGCCGGCUUCGAACGAAGACGACAUCAAGACUAGAGCUUCUCCGGUAA